UUCUCUCUCCUAAACGUCACGCUGUUCUUCGCUUUCCCCUCUCUCUUUUCUUGCUCUUUGUCUCAGAUCCAUUUCUAGGGUUUUGUCGGUGAGCAAAGAUGCGUGAGAUUCUUCAUAUCCAGGGAGGACAGUGCGGCAACCAGAUCGGUGCUAAGUUCUGGGAAGUGGUUUGCGCUGAGCACGGCAUCGAUCCAACGGGCCGUUACCAGGGCGAUUCAGAUCUGCAACUCGAGAGGGUCAAUGUCUACUACAACGAGGCGAGUUGCGGGCGUUUAGUCCCUCGCGCUGUUCUCAUGGACUUGGAGCCUGGAACUAUGGACAGUGUUAGAUCUGGUCCCUAUGGUCAGAUCUUCCGUCCCGACAACUUUGUAUUUGGCCAGUCCGGUGCCGGAAACAACUGGGCCAAGGGACACUACACGGAGGGUGCUGAGCUCAUCGAUUCCGUCCUUGACGUUGUCCGCAAAGAGGCGGAAAACUGUGACUGCCUUCAAGGGUUUCAGGUCUGCCACUCCUUGGGUGGAGGAACCGGUUCUGGUAUGGGGACUCUGUUGAUCUCAAAGAUCAGGGAAGAGUAUCCGGACCGCAUGAUGUUGACCUUCUCUGUCUUCCCGUCCCCUAAGGUAUCUGACACUGUUGUGGAACCAUACAAUGCAACGUUGUCUGUUCACCAACUCGUUGAAAACGCAGAUGAAUGCAUGGUCCUUGAUAACGAGGCCUUGUAUGACAUUUGUUUCCGUACCCUCAAGCUUACCACUCCCAGUUUCGGUGAUCUGAACCACUUGAUCUCUGCAACCAUGUCGGGUGUCACAUGCUGCCUUAGGUUCCCUGGUCAGCUCAACUCUGAUCUCCGCAAACUUGCCGUGAACCUUAUCCCUUUCCCUCGUCUUCACUUCUUCAUGGUGGGUUUCGCCCCUCUCACGUCCCGUGGGUCUCAGCAAUACCGUGCCCUCACAGUCCCAGAACUGACCCAGCAAAUGUGGGAUGCCAAGAACAUGAUGUGUGCAGCUGACCCAAGACACGGCCGCUACCUCACUGCCUCAGCUAUGUUCCGAGGGAAGAUGAGCACUAAGGAAGUAGAUGAACAGAUGCUGAAUGUGCAGAACAAGAACUCGUCCUACUUUGUGGAAUGGAUCCCAAACAACGUGAAGUCCACCGUCUGUGACAUUCCCCCGACAGGGUUGAAGAUGGCUUCGACAUUCAUCGGCAACUCGACCUCGAUUCAGGAGAUGUUCAGGCGGGUAAGCGAGCAGUUCACGGCUAUGUUCAGGAGGAAGGCGUUCUUGCAUUGGUACACUGGUGAGGGAAUGGACGAGAUGGAGUUCACAGAGGCGGAGAGUAACAUGAACGAUCUGGUCUCGGAGUAUCAGCAGUACCAGGAUGCCACGGCCGAUGAAGAAGGGGAAUACGAAGACGAGGCUGAGUACGAGCAAGAAGAGGGUUACUAAGAGAAAUCGGACCAUCUCUGAAACCUCAACAACUCCCAGUUGAUUGAUUACUAUUGAAAAUUCUCGGGGCUGUAAGAACCAUGGAACAGUACUUAAAAGUUUUUUGUGUUUUUUUUUGUAACCAUAGGUUCUGUUAUUAGUUCCUAUAUAUCUAAAUUAGAUGCAUUUUCUCUUCUCCCAAUUA